UUCUCUCCUCAGAAGCGCCGAGAGCGCGGCCGGGACGGUUGGAGAAGAAGGCGGCUCCCGGAAGGGGGAGAGACAAACUGCCGUAACUUCUGCCGUUCAGGAGUCCGGUUACUUAUUUAUUCGUCACCCCUUUUCUUCCUCCUCUUCCCCCAAACCUUCUCCUUUCCUCCCUUCCCCUCCCCCUGUUUUUAUUUGGGAGUCGAAAAAAAAAUAUCUCCGGAAAGGGUUUCUUUCCGUUCUCCCCCCCCUUCCUCUCCUCCCCCACCUUUCCCUCCUCCGGCCUUUUCCCUGUCAGCUCGCCGAGGUCUUUCUCGGCGGCCGCCCGGACGGGGUCUGAGCACCUAGGCGGAGGUGGCGCAGGCUUUUUGUAGCGAGGUUUGCGCCUGCGCAGCGCGCCUGCCUCGCCAUGCACGGGGGCGGCCCCCCCUCCGGGGACAGCGCAUGCCCGCUGCGCACCAUCAAGAGAGUGCAGUUUGGAGUCCUGAGUCCGGAUGAGUUGAAGCGGAUGUCUGUGACUGAGGGUGGUAUCAAAUACCCAGAGACAACUGAGGGAGGCCGUCCCAAACUUGGGGGACUGAUGGAUCCAAGGCAGGGAGUGAUUGAGCGGACUGGCCGUUGCCAAACAUGCGCAGGAAACAUGACUGAGUGUCCUGGCCACUUUGGUCACAUUGAACUGGCCAAGCCUGUGUUUCAUGUGGGCUUCCUGGUGAAGACAAUGAAGGUUUUACGCUGUGUCUGCUUCUUCUGCUCCAAACUGCUUGUGGAUGCUAAUAACCCCAAGAUCAAGGACAUCCUGGCCAAAUCCAAGGGGCAGCCCAAGAAGCGCCUUACACAUGUCUACGACCUUUGCAAAGGCAAAAACAUUUGUGAAGGUGGAGAGGAGAUGGAUAACAAAUUUGGUGUGGAACAACCAGAGGGUGACGAGGAUCUGACCAAAGAGAAGGGCCAUGGUGGCUGUGGCCGGUACCAGCCCCGGAUCCGGCGGUCUGGCCUCGAGUUGUACGCUGAGUGGAAACAUGUUAAUGAAGACUCCCAAGAGAAGAAGAUCCUGCUCAGUCCUGAACGAGUACAUGAGAUCUUUAAGCGCAUCUCCGAUGAGGAGUGCUUUGUCCUGGGCAUGGAGCCUCGCUAUGCCCGGCCUGAGUGGAUGAUUGUUACAGUGCUGCCUGUGCCUCCCCUGUCCGUGCGACCUGCUGUGGUGAUGCAGGGUUCUGCUCGUAAUCAGGAUGACCUGACUCACAAACUGGCUGAUAUAGUGAAGAUCAACAAUCAGCUGCGGCGGAAUGAGCAGAAUGGUGCGGCUGCCCAUGUCAUUGCAGAGGACGUAAAGCUCCUCCAGUUCCAUGUGGCCACCAUGGUGGACAACGAACUGCCUGGCUUGCCCCGUGCCAUGCAGAAGUCUGGUCGUCCUCUCAAGUCCCUGAAGCAGCGUUUGAAGGGCAAGGAAGGAAGAGUUCGAGGGAACCUCAUGGGCAAGCGAGUGGACUUCUCAGCCCGCACUGUUAUUACCCCUGACCCCAACCUGUCCAUUGACCAAGUUGGUGUGCCCCGCUCCAUUGCUGCCAACAUGACCUUUGCGGAGAUUGUUACCCCAUUCAACAUAGACAGACUUCAGGAACUAGUUCGCAGGGGGAACAGCCAAUAUCCAGGAGCCAAGUACAUCAUCCGAGACAAUGGUGAUCGAAUUGACUUGCGUUUCCACCCUAAGCCCAGUGACCUGCACCUGCAGACUGGCUACAAGGUGGAACGGCACAUGUGUGAUGGGGACAUUGUUAUCUUCAAUCGUCAGCCAACUUUGCACAAAAUGUCCAUGAUGGGACAUCGGGUCCGCAUCCUUCCCUGGUCAACUUUUCGCUUGAAUCUUAGUGUGACAACUCCAUACAAUGCAGACUUCGAUGGGGAUGAAAUGAACUUGCACCUGCCACAGUCUCUGGAGACACGGGCAGAGAUCCAGGAGUUAGCCAUGGUGCCUCGAAUGAUUGUCACCCCUCAGAGCAAUCGACCCGUCAUGGGUAUUGUGCAGGACACACUCACAGCAGUGCGCAAAUUCACCAAAAGAGAUGUCUUCUUGGAGCGGGGUGAAGUGAUGAAUCUCCUAAUGUUCCUGUCCACGUGGGAUGGGAAGGUCCCACAGCCAGCUAUCCUCAAGCCUCGGCCCCUGUGGACCGGCAAGCAGAUCUUUUCCCUCAUCAUACCUGGCCACAUCAAUUGUAUUCGUACCCACAGCACCCAUCCUGAUGAUGAGGACAGUGGCCCUUACAAGCACAUUUCUCCUGGGGAUACCAAGGUCAUAGUGGAGAAUGGGGAGCUGAUCAUGGGCAUCCUGUGUAAGAAGUCUCUGGGUACCUCAGCAGGCUCUCUGGUGCACAUCUCCUACCUAGAGAUGGGACAUGACAUCACUCGCCUCUUCUACUCCAACAUUCAGACUGUCAUUAACAACUGGCUCCUUAUUGAGGGUCAUACCAUCGGCAUUGGAGACUCCAUCGCUGAUUCUAAGACUUACCAGGACAUUCAGAACACCAUUAAGAAGGCCAAGCAGGAUGUGAUAGAGGUCAUCGAGAAAGCUCAUAACAAUGAGCUGGAACCCACUCCAGGGAACACAUUACGUCAGACAUUUGAGAAUCAAGUAAAUCGCAUUCUCAAUGAUGCCCGAGACAAAACUGGCUCUUCUGCUCAGAAAUCCCUGUCUGAGUACAACAACUUCAAGUCUAUGGUGGUUUCUGGUGCUAAAGGUUCCAAGAUUAACAUCUCCCAGGUCAUUGCUGUUGUCGGGCAGCAGAAUGUAGAGGGCAAGCGGAUCCCAUUUGGAUUUAAGCACCGGACUUUGCCUCACUUUAUCAAGGAUGACUACGGGCCUGAGAGCCGAGGCUUUGUGGAAAAUUCUUACCUAGCUGGUCUCACGCCCACUGAGUUCUUCUUCCAUGCCAUGGGAGGACGUGAAGGUCUCAUUGAUACAGCUGUCAAGACUGCUGAGACUGGGUAUAUCCAGCGGAGGCUGAUCAAGUCCAUGGAGUCAGUGAUGGUGAAGUACGAUGCAACUGUACGGAACUCCAUCAACCAGGUGGUACAGCUGCGCUAUGGAGAGGACGGCCUGGCAGGAGAGAGCGUUGAGUUCCAGAACCUGGCUACGCUUAAGCCUUCUAACAAAGCUUUUGAAAAGAAGUUCCGGUUUGAUUAUACCAAUGAGAGAGCCCUGCGGCGCACUCUGCAGGAGGAUCUGGUCAAAGAUGUGCUGAGCAAUGCACAUAUACAGAAUGAGCUGGAACGGGAAUUUGAGCGGAUGCGUGAGGAUCGGGAAGUUCUCAGAGUCAUCUUCCCAACUGGCGACAGCAAGGUUGUCCUCCCCUGUAACCUUCUGCGCAUGAUAUGGAAUGCUCAGAAAAUCUUCCACAUCAACCCUCGUCUUCCCUCUGACCUGCACCCCAUCAAAGUGGUAGAGGGAGUCAAGGAAUUGAGCAAGAAACUGGUAAUUGUGAACGGAGAUGACCCACUAAGCAGACAAGCUCAGGAGAAUGCCACGUUGCUCUUCAACAUCCAUCUACGAUCCACACUAUGUUCCCGCCGCAUGGCUGAGGAGUUUCGGUUAAGUGGAGAGGCCUUUGACUGGCUGCUUGGAGAGAUUGAGUCCAAGUUCAACCAAGCCAUUGCUCAUCCUGGGGAAAUGGUGGGAGCUUUGGCUGCGCAGUCCCUGGGAGAACCUGCUACUCAGAUGACUCUGAAUACAUUCCACUAUGCUGGUGUAUCUGCCAAGAAUGUAACUCUGGGUGUGCCCCGACUUAAGGAGCUCAUCAAUAUUUCCAAGAAACCAAAGACACCCUCACUCACUGUCUUCCUAUUGGGCCAGUCUGCUCGAGAUGCUGAGAGGGCCAAGGACAUUUUGUGCCGCCUAGAGCAUACGACAUUGAGGAAGGUGACAGCCAACACAGCUAUCUACUAUGACCCCAACCCCCAGAGCACAGUGGUGGCAGAGGAUCAGGAGUGGGUGAAUGUCUACUAUGAGAUGCCUGACUUUGAUGUGGCCCGAAUCUCCCCCUGGCUGUUGCGUGUGGAGCUGGACCGGAAGCACAUGACUGACCGGAAGCUCACCAUGGAGCAGAUUGCAGAAAAAAUCAAUGCAGGUUUUGGCGAUGAUUUGAAUUGCAUCUUUAAUGAUGAUAAUGCAGAGAAGCUGGUCCUUCGUAUCCGCAUCAUGAACAGUGAUGAAAAUAAGAUGCAAGAGGAAGAAGAGGUGGUGGACAAGAUGGAUGAUGACGUUUUCCUACGCUGCAUUGAGUCCAACAUGCUGACCGAUAUGACCCUGCAGGGCAUCGAGCAGAUCAGCAAAGUGUACAUGCACUUGCCACAAACAGACAACAAGAAGAAGAUCAUCAUCACAGAGGACGGAGAGUUCAAGGCCCUGCAAGAAUGGAUCUUGGAAACGGACGGUGUGAGUUUGAUGCGGGUGCUUAGCGAAAAAGAUGUGGACCCUGUGCGCACCACGUCCAACGAUAUUGUGGAGAUCUUUACAGUUCUGGGCAUUGAGGCUGUGCGGAAGGCCCUGGAGCGGGAGCUGUAUCAUGUCAUCUCUUUUGAUGGUUCUUAUGUCAAUUACCGGCAUUUGGCUCUCUUGUGUGAUACUAUGACCUGUCGUGGUCACUUGAUGGCCAUUACCCGACAUGGAGUCAACCGUCAGGACACUGGACCACUCAUGAAAUGUUCCUUUGAGGAAACGGUGGAUGUGCUUAUGGAAGCAGCUGCCCAUGGGGAAAGUGACCCUAUGAAGGGAGUCUCUGAGAAUAUCAUGUUGGGCCAGCUAGCUCCAGCUGGCACUGGCUGUUUUGACCUCCUGCUUGAUGCAGAGAAGUGCAAAUAUGGCAUGGAGAUCCCCACCAAUAUCCCUGGUUUGGGGGCUGCUGGACCCACUGGAAUGUUCUUCGGCUCAGCACCCAGUCCGAUGGGAGGCAUAUCUCCAGCCAUGACACCCUGGAACCAGGGUGCAACCCCAGCUUAUGGUGCCUGGUCCCCAAGUGUUGGGAGCGGAAUGACACCAGGAGCAGCUGGCUUCUCGCCAAGUGCUGCAUCUGACGCCAGUGGCUUCAGCCCAGGAUACUCUCCGGCCUGGUCUCCCACACCGGGCUCUCCAGGCUCCCCUGGCCCCUCGAGCCCAUACAUCCCCUCACCAGGUGGUGCCAUGUCUCCAAGCUACUCCCCAACAUCACCUGCAUAUGAACCACGGUCCCCCGGAGGCUAUACACCCCAGAGUCCUUCGUACUCCCCUACUUCCCCCUCCUACUCUCCCACCUCUCCAUCCUAUUCUCCAACCAGCCCCAACUACAGCCCCACUUCUCCCAGCUACUCCCCCACCUCUCCCAGCUACUCCCCCACCUCUCCCAGCUACUCCCCCACUUCUCCCAGCUACUCCCCAACUUCUCCUAGCUACUCCCCAACAUCCCCCAGCUACUCACCGACAUCACCCAGCUACUCCCCAACUUCUCCCAGCUACUCCCCAACAUCUCCCAGCUAUUCACCAACAUCUCCCAGCUACUCUCCCACGUCCCCCAGUUACUCCCCAACAUCCCCCAGUUACUCACCCACGUCUCCCAGCUACUCACCCACGUCGCCAAGCUACUCGCCAACCUCUCCCAGUUACUCACCCACCAGCCCUAACUAUUCUCCAACGAGUCCCAAUUAUACCCCAACCUCACCCAGCUACAGCCCAACCUCACCCAGCUACUCACCAACUAGUCCGAACUACACCCCCACCAGUCCUAACUACAGCCCAACCUCGCCCAGCUACUCCCCCACCUCACCCAGCUACUCUCCCACCUCGCCCAGCUACUCCCCAUCAAGCCCACGGUACACACCACAGUCCCCCACCUAUACCCCGAGCUCUCCCAGCUACAGCCCCAGCUCUCCCAGCUACAGCCCCACUUCCCCCAAGUACACCCCCACCAGUCCUUCCUACAGUCCCAGCUCACCAGAAUAUACCCCAACCUCUCCCAAGUACUCACCCACAAGCCCCAAGUACUCACCGACUUCUCCCAAGUACUCUCCCACCAGCCCCACCUAUUCUCCCACCACCCCCAAAUACUCCCCCACCUCUCCUACAUACUCCCCAACAUCCCCAGUCUACACCCCGACCUCCCCCAAGUACUCGCCCACCAGCCCCACCUACUCCCCCACGUCGCCCAAGUACUCGCCCACCAGCCCCACCUACUCCCCCACCUCCCCCAAAGGCUCUACCUACUCGCCCACUUCGCCUGGCUACUCGCCCACCAGCCCCACCUACAGCCUCACCAGCCCAGCCAUUAGCCCGGAUGACAGUGAUGAGGAGAACUGAGGGGAAGCAGGGCUCGGCAGCAGCUGGCUAGCGCAGCCUCAUUAGCGCUGUGCAUUCCUCUCGUCCCUUGUGGGCUGUGACCCCAGCCCGGCUCCCUUGUACAUAACUUCUUGUGACAGAGUUCUCUGUUCAAGUUCUAAACCCCACUUUUGAUGGGCCGUUGGUCGUCUUCUCCACUCACGCUGUCUGUGUCAGAACGCACUGGCGUGGCUGCGGGGUUUCCUACCCCACCAACUCCAUGCCGGGCUCCACAGCGAAGACCUUUCCUUGCCUGUGGCCUGAUCAGGCCUAAAGGAUAUUUUAACUAUAAAGGGGUGGUUCCUGUUUUGGAUCAUGUCUUCUGGAACAAAGCUUAAUCUGCCUUUUGUCUUUUUUUUUUUUUUUUGAAGUUUAAAUAAAGUUUACUAAUUUUGAGCAAAA